AUGGCGACUACAGAGAGUGCGGGAGUCGGCUCAAAUGCUGCUUUCCGGAAUAAGGAGAAACCCUUGGCCGUCAGGUCGUCCAAUAUCGUCGCCGCCAGAGCUGUCGCCGAUGCCAUCAGAACAUCUCUAGGACCGCGGGGUAUGGACAAGAUGAUUCGCAGCGGGAAGGGCGAGACCAUUAUCACCAACGACGGCAGCACCAUGCUCAAGAGCAUGUCAGUCAUGCACCCCACAGCGAAGAUGCUUGUAAACCUCUCAAACGCACAAGACGUGGAGGCAGGAGAUGGCACAACCUCCGUGGUGGUUAUCUGCGGCAGCCUGCUGGGUGCUGCAGACCGACUACUAUCCAAGGGCAUCCACCCCUCAGUCAUUUCAGAGGCGUUCCAAAGAGCCGCAGCAGCAGCAGUACAAGUCCUCCACGACAUGUCAAUACCGGUUUCGCUAUCAGACAAUUCAGCACUACUUCAGGCUGCCAAUACCUCCCUGUCAUCAAAGAUCGUGUCACAGUACUCUAACCUUCUCGGCCCUAUGGCAGUCAACUCAGUCACGAAGACGAUCGAUGUCAAGACAGCGGACAAUGUGGACCUGAAGAACAUCAGAAUAAUCAAGAAGGUUGGCGGUACAAUCGAGGACAGCGAGCUAGUCGACGGCCUCGUCCUCACACAACCAGUGAUGAAGAACGCCGGCGGUCCUGCUCGCAUGGAGAAGGCCCGGAUCGGCCUCAUCCAGUUCCAGCUAAGCCCGCCCAAGCCAGAUAUGGAGAACACCAUUGCUGUGAACGACUACCGACAGAUGGAUAAGAUUGUGAAGGAGGAGCGCCUAUACCUCCUGAACAUGGUGAAGAAGAUCAAGAAGGCCAAGUGCAACGUCCUCUUCAUCCAGAAGUCGAUCCUACGCGAUGCUGUUAACGACCUCAGUUUGCACUUUCUCGCCAAGCUGAACAUUCUCGCUGUCAAGGAUAUUGAGCGUGACGAGGUCGAGUUCAUCUGCAAGUCCACCGGCUGCAAGCCCAUCGCGGAUAUCGAUUCCUUCACCGAAGACAAGCUGGGCACGGCUGAUCUCGUAGAGGAGUCGCAGUCGUCCGGCAGCCGCAUGGUCAAGGUCACCGGCACCAAGUCGGCCGGCAAGACCGUCUCCGUCGUUGUACGCGGCGCCAACUCGAUGAUUUUGGACGAGGCUGAGCGAUCUCUACACGACGCCCUGUGCGUCAUCCGCUGUCUGGUCAAGAAGAAGGCUCUGAUCGCCGGAGGCGGUGCUGCCGAGAUUGAGAUCGCCUCACAGCUGAGCAAACAGUCCCGCGAGCUGACCGGGACUGAGGCUAUCUGCUGGAAGGCGUUCGCAGACGCUCUAGAAGUCAUUCCGACAACAUUAGCGGAGAAUGCUGGUCUCAACCCUAUCAAGGUCGUAACAGACCUAAGACAUAGGCAUGAGAUGGGUGAGAGGAACGCUGGUGUCAGCAUCAAGUCUGGUGGAGUGAACUCCAACAUUUCUAAGGAGAACGUGCUGCAGCCACUGUUGGUGAGCACGAGCGCGAUUGAACUCGCGGCGGAGACUGUGAAGAUGAUUCUGAGGAUAGACGAUAUUGCGCUGAGUAGGUAA